GGUUGAAAAUAUCUGAUAUAUAUCAGGUAAUUAUAGGUGUUGCAGGCAGGUGUAGACUGAAAAUGGGUGCUGUUAUUCUGAGCACGUAGAGCAGCAUAUAUAGCAGCACCCUUUUAGAUUGAUUUGAGAGAGAAAAAGAGUUAGGUUUGCUAGCUUGUAUUGAAAGGUAAGCAAUCCAAGGUUAUAGGCUGAAAGAGAGUUGAAAAACAGACUAGUCUUAGUAGUUGUCAAAUGAAUUAAGGUGAAACUUGUUGAAGUUGUUGUUCACUGUGUAGCAUCACAUUCACUUGUGUGUUUCUAAAGCAAAAUCUCAAAGAGUCUGUUUUUUUGGAAAUACAAGCUAGCUCAUGAUCUGGUAGCUAUAGCCUCUUUUUAUAUACUCCUGAACUCAGCAAUAAUCAUCACGCUUUGGCUCUUGUUGUGAUUCUGAAGGGAAGGUUAAUUUACAACAUCAUCAUCACAUUCAUCAUUUGUGCUACAAAAAAUGAAGGGAAUUAGAGUGUUCUGUUUUAUGCUAGCUCUGCAAUUAGUGAGUUUGGUCUCUCUAGCUAAAAGACCUUUUCCUCCAACUCAUUAUGCCAUGUCCCAUCCAGGCCCAGAAGAAGCACCAGCACCACACCAUACCAUAGAGUCAAAAAAGGGUUAUUAUAUGGCAAGAGAAAUAAGUAAGGGAGAGAAAAUGAAAGAAGCAUAUGAUAGAGAAAUAGAGAUAAGCAGCAAGAUAGGGUCAAGUCCACCAAGUUGUGAGCACAAGUGUUAUGGAUGCACACCAUGUGAAGCCAUUCAAGUGCCAAGCACUAGUAGCAGGAGAAGUCAUUUGGGAAUUCAGUAUGCAAAUUAUGAGCCUGAGAGCUGGAAAUGCAAAUGUGGUCCUUCCUUCUAUAGUCCAUGAUUCUAUUUUAAUUAAUAUUCUUCAUGUUCAUUACCCCAUUGAAUAUAUAUAGUUAGCCCAUCUCUUAAUUAGGUUCAUAUAAUAUAUAUUAAUUGUCUCCUUGUAAACAUCUCAAAAUUCAAAGGAUUUAAUUAUUAAUUUAGUCAUUGUGAAUUUGUGAUUGCAAUCAAUGGCAAUAUAUUGCCAGUUGAAUUACUUAUAUGUAAACAUUAUUAUGCUACAAAGCCUCGCAAAUGUUACAUUUAUUUUGAUUUCUA